AUGAGGUUCUCCAACUCUCUAGUCAGCCUCGCGGCUGUCGUACCUGUCGCGCUCGCAUCGAUACCUUACUCGCAAUACAUUCUCGCGCCCAAAUCACGAACACUCCACCCCGUCUCCGUGCACAGCACAAACGGAUCCGUCACGCACCCCGAGAGCCUCACCAGCGCAAAUGGCAGUUCCGUCUUCACCGGCGACGCAGCAACAGCCUACGACUUCGGCAUCAACAUCGCGGGUCUCGUCACCGUAACAAUCGGUUCCGUCAACUCGUCCUCCUCCGAAUACAUCGGCGUCACCUUCUCCGAAAAUGAGCUGCUCAAUCGCGUAUGGUAUGCCGGAGCGUAUACGAACCAGAUCUGUACGAUUGAGCCAGAUACCGGGAAUGCGCUCGUUCAUCUGCGCGAAGAAGGGUUCUCGAGUGAGGACGACCAGUCGCCGGUUAAUGUUACUUGGUACAACAACUAUACCAUUACUAGUGGCAAGAGUGCGCUGGUUGAUGGUGCAAAGAGGGAUAGACUUGUUUGGGCUGGCGACAUGGCGAUAGCAGUCCCUGGUGUCGUGGUAUCGACGAACGAUGUCGUUUCCAUUGAGAACGCAUUGGACUCGCUCUUCGCGGUGCAGAACGCGACGAAUGGUCUACUCCCAUAUGCUGGAAGGCCUUUCCCUCCUCAGGCGAUAUCGUUCACGUACCACCUCUACACUCUGAUCGGUGUCGCUGACCACUUCCUUUACACUGGCGACAUGGACUACCUCAAAUCCUUAUGGGACAAGUACAAGUUUGCCCUCUCCUUCUCCCUUUCCAACAUCGACUCCAGCGGCCUCAUGAACGUGACUGCGCCCAACGACUGGCUCCGCUUUGGAAUGGGCGGCCACAACAUCGAAGCAAACGCCAUUCUAUAUUACACCAUCAACCAGGGCAUCUACCUCGCCUCGGCUCUGAAUGACACAGCCAACAUUUCCUCCUGGCAAGAAACUGCUGAUGGUAUCAAGACGGCCGCCAACGAACUUCUCUGGGAUGAGCAAGAGGGCAUGUACCGCGACAACGAAACGACAACGCUGAUGCCCCAAGACGGAAACGCCUGGGCUGUCGUCGCGAACCUCACAUUGAACAGCACGCAAACGAGUAUGAUCUCACAGAAUCUGGUUUCCCGAUGGACACCGUACGGCGCUCCUGCCCCCGAAGCCGCAGACGCCAUCUCACCCUUCAUCUCCGGCUUCGAACUGCAAUCCCACUUCCUUGCGCAGAACACGACCGCGGCAUUGGAGUUGAUGCGCCUACAAUGGGGCUUCAUGCUCGACGACCCACGCAUGACAAACUCCACUUUCAUCGAGGGAUACAGUACAACCGGCGAACUCCACUACGCGCCCUACAACAACGACGCGCGCAUCAGCCACGCCCACGGAUGGGCAACGGGACCGACAUCCAGCCUCACGCAAUACGUAGCCGGUGUACAGUUACUCACCGCGGGUGGAGCAACAUGGCGCAUUUCGCCUUCACUCGGUGAUCUUAAGUUUGCGGAUGCGGGCUUCAGAACGAGUUUGGGUUUCUUUGGCGCGAGGACACAGGUUCUGGACGAUAGCAUAAUGUUGGACUUUGAGGCGCCGGAGGGGACGGUGGGAGAGGUUAGGAUACCGGUGCUGGAAUGUGCGGGACGGGUGGUUAUGAGUGGAAUGGAGGGGCUGAGUGGAGAUGUUGUUGUUGAGGUUAUGGCUGGGCAGGGGGAUGUGGAUGUCAAGGACGUCAAGGGUGGGAGGUGGACGGCUACUUUUAGGUGUACUUGA